AUGACAUUAAGUAUGCAAGAGACGAACAAUGAUGAACGCGCAAGAAUCAACGGUCAGUUCAGUAGGAGAAAGCCAGCCAAGAGGCCAACCAGAGAGCCAUCUGAAACUUCAAUUGAAGUCGAUGAGAAUGGUGAUGAAUAUGAAGUAAAGAGAUUUAACAUUGAAGGUCGUCAAGUGAAUAGCGGCCGAAGACAAUGUGUGGUUACUAGACGUAAGAGAAAUUCUGCUCCUGCUUCAGAACCAGCUUCAGACGAAUCAGUCAAUGAGAAUCAAAUCCAUACACUCAAGAAGGGAUUGUCAGAUACAUGGGCGUUGGUAACACCAGCAACCGCUGUUAAUACUGAUACAGCGGUAGAUGCUGAAGAUGAAGAUGAUAACGAGGAUGAUAUGGAAAAUGGUGAUGAUGAAAUUGCACAUAUUGCAAUUUUACAACAAGCUUCUGAAUCUGAUGAAAACAAUGAUAAUGAAGAAGAUGAUGAUGAGGAAGAAGACGUACACUUACCUUUAAUUUUGCAACAAAAUGGUGGCAUUAUUGUAGGAACAGAAGAUGCGAAUGCGGUAAGCGCUGUAAAUGCAGUAAGUGCAGUAAACGCAGUAAAUGCAGGACCUUCAAUGAGUAGUACAAAUGGUAUUGUGAUCGUACAUUCCAAUAAACCUCCUAAAGUUAAUCCAGAAACACAUGCUGUUUUCGAAUAUGUGCCACCAAAUGAAGGUGAUGUUGAAAAAUAUGAAUACGACGAUUAUGAUGAUGGUGAUGAUCAUGCAUUAAAUUAUGAAGAAGAGCUUAGUCCAAUAAGCACAACGGCCAUUUGGUCAACUGGUGUUGAUGAUAACAAUGCUGAUGCAAAUAAGAGACCAAUAAAAGGUAAGAAAAAGAAAAGCAAGAAAGGUAAAAAAAGCAAGAAAAGUAAAAAAGGAAAGAAAAGUAAGAAAAAUAAGAAGAGACCAACUAAAACGGGUGGAAAGAAAAAAGUAACGAAUAAGAAAACAAAGCCAACAAGGCGACCACAAACUAUUGUGAAUAAACGUCGUCCAAGCAGACCAAGUAAACCAAUUGAACAAAAUAAACCAAUCAAGAAGGUGACAAACAAUAGGAAACGCAUACAGAAUCAAAAUAAGAGACGUCCUCAAGUGUAUAGAAAACGCCGUCCAACAAGACGACCAAAUUAUGAUAACAGGAAAAAAGACCGUUUCCAAUCUAACUUCAAUCACCGUUACAAUGCAAAUCUCUCCAACAGGGAUAUUAACCGCAGAAAGAACAACAAUUUAGAAAACAUCGAUAAGGGAACUAAUACUUUUACUAAAACAUUUACCACAACUCAAACUGGUGGUUCCAAUGACAAUGACGUAAACUGCAUUAUCAUUAAUAAGACACCACCAAGCACAACACCGCGUCCAUUCUGGAAUAUAUUUGGGCGUGAUGCUGGCACAGUACACCAGAGCGGCAAAUAUGGCAAACGGAAACGUGUCAAUCUACGUGUAGGAUCAUAA